UAUUAAAUGCUUCUCUCUAUUGUCGUUUCUAAAGAAAACUUUUUAAUAGCUCAGAAACCCGGAUGACAAUCCAAUGUGUCAAGAUGGCGAAAGUUUGCUCAGUUUUGGUACUGAUGACGGUUGCUGUGGUUGGUAAAGCUUUAACACCCUCAACUUUCCUUACAACGGUUGACAAAGAACGACUGCGUGCAGUCUUUCAGGAUGCAGCACCUUAUCAAGAUCUGCAGAGUGCUCAUUAUUCUCUUCAGGGUAUCAAACUAAUGGGUGGAACCCUUCCUGGAGUUCAGGAUACUUGCAAAUUUCUUCAGUCUAAAAUUGACGAUAGCAGCAUUGCCUCCAUUUAUCAUGCUUCUGAGGCGUCCAAGGCACUUGGAGGUUGCAAGUUCGAUGUUCCCAAUGCACAACAGCUCCUCAGUGGCUCAAUAUCAGCUACAUCACCUGUGCAAGAUAUUGCCUUUGCUUUUUUUGCCAUGAGGAAUCUUGGCCUGACAGUUGAUGACAAAGCUGUGAGCUCUGCAUUGCUGGAGGCUUUAAAAACAGACGACUCUCCACUCAGUCAUGGAUAUUCCUUCAUGGUGGCAGCAGAGCUAAAGGGAGACAUCACCAAGUUUUUUGAUAAUAUAGAGGAUGUCAUAGCACAGGCUGAUGAAGUGGAUGACAUUUAUGUACAGUUUGAAGGUGGACUUUAUGUAACAGCUUUGGUGGUUGAUGGUGCUUACAAACUUGCUGAGAAGGCCAAGAAAGCCCCAACUAUUGCUGAGGACAAAGUUGCAAAGCUGGCCAACUACUUUUUGAGUCGUAAACAUGUGCACCAGUUGCGUGCAGCUUACCAGUUUGUUUCUGUGAUCAAGACCCUGACUGCCAACAAGUUCCACAUUCCUGUUGCUGUUUCUCUGGCUAGCUCCGUGGCUGUGUCACAAAGUGAGCCAGUUGUAAAGAUCAGAGUGACUGACCUGAUGGGUGGGAACCUGGGGCCAGUGACAGUAACAGCAGACAGUGCACGCCACCUAGGUGAUGAGGCGAUCAUCAUCAGUAAAAAGCAGUUCACUCCAUCAUCUUCAGAUGUAUCACUUUAUGAGCUUAACUUUAUGGAAGCAAAACCAGCAAGAGGAUUCUACCGUUUGACUGUUAGUUUAACCCCUAAAAAGCCUGACAGUCGCCUGAUCGGAACAUCUGGAGCUGAGGUCGAGGUGAAGGUGACCACGAAAGUUUCCAUUGAGAGUGUUGAAAUUGGUGUGGCUGAUAAAGAUCAGACAGCAGCUGCCCGCACUACAAAGCUUGUGCAUCCCAACAAAGCUCAGGUACCAUUGGAGGCAGACUAUCACCAGAAAAUCCUGAUGCGCUUUGUUCUCAAGGACAAGCUUUCUAACCAGCUCAUGGCUGCCCAUCAGACAUUUGUGCGUCUGACAAACGUGAAGACAAAACAAGAGAUCAUCUUUGUCAGCGAGGCAGAUGCAGCUCUUUUGAAUAAGUUUGACCUGGAUGUUGGCGCGAGUGCCAAAGAUUUUGGUUAUCAAUCUGGCCGAUACAGCCUUGAGCUUAUUGUCGGGGAUGCAAUCAUUGAAAAUCCUUUUUCCUGGAAUCUUGCAGAUGUUGACUUGACCUUUCCUGAAAGUGCUGCUCCGGCCUCCAGCGUUCAGAAUCAGUACACGAAGAAGCCUGAGAUUCAGCACAUGUUCCGCGAACCUGAGAAAAGACCACCUGCACCUGUUUCUAUGACUUUCACUGCCUUGGCACUGCUGCCUCUUGUUAUAUUGCUCCUUUUGUGGCUGAAGAUUGGUGUUAAUGUCUCAAACUUCCCAAUGACAGUGAGUGCCAUUGGAUUUCAUGCGUGCCUUGCAGCAAUAUUUGGUCUAUAUUACUGCUACUGGACUCAACUAACCAUGUUCCAAACACUUAGGUGGUUGGGAGUGUUGGCUGUUCCUACAUUUCUCUUUGGCAACAGACUUCUCAGCAGCAUAGCAUCCAAAAGGAAAUCUGCAUAGUCCUGUCCAUAAGGAUGGCUUCAACAGUUAUAGAGAAUGAAUGUGUGUGUUGUGCUAAUAAAAACUUUUGUUGGAUUAAAUGAGGGCUUUGCCCACAAGACUGUUAUAUUAAACUUUUGUUUUCAACUA